AUGGCAUCCCAAACCCCUAAACGCGUAUUGGUGGUUGCAGGACUUGGCAAUGGUUCUGGUACAGGGGCCUCUACGGCGCGACUAUUUGCGAAGAAUGGAUACAGUGUUGCACUCAUCGCCAGAGGUGCAGACUCUGUCAACAAACUUGCUCAAGAAAUCAAUGGUUCAGGGGGGCAUGCUGAACCUUUCCCUAUCACCUCAUAUUCGAACGAUGACGUAACUUCUGCUUGGACUGCUGUUCACGCUAAGUUCCCAAAGCCAGAAUACGUCGUCCGGGUCGCUGUUUUCAACGCAGGAUUUGGCGUGUGGAAGAAAUUUCUGGAUAUCACGCCUCAGGAGAUUGAAGAAUCGUUGCAGACAAAUGUUGUAUCCGCGUUCGCCUUUGCCCGUGGGGCUAUCUUAGCUUUCAAGGAUAACGAUAUUGAGCAGCCCAACGGCAAGAAAGGGGCUUUGAUUUUCACAGGAGCAACUGCUAGCACUAGGGGCAAUGUCGUCACCAGUGCAUUUGCGGCUGGCAAAUUCGGUAUCCGAGCACUCUCACAGAGCUUGUCGAAGGAGUUUGGGAAAGAAAAUAUCCACGUUGCUCAUUCGAUUAUUGACGGAGUAAUUCUCGUUGAUCGUCAAAGAGAGAAGAGGGACACUGAAUGGCAAGAAAAUGAAGAUGUCCGCUUAAGACCAGAGAGCAUAGCGAAUUCUUAUCUCUACCUUGUUAAUCAAGAUCGCUCUGCAUGGACAUGGGAGCUUGACUUGCGUCCAGCACAUGAGAAAUGGUAG